AUGGAUAUGACGAUCAUUAGCAAUGGCUUGGAAUAUUCCACUAACAUAGAUGAAGUUAUUGGUAUCAUCACAAUGGAAGCUCGACAGUGGUCUUCGACAGUGGGUGUGACGGUGCCGAAGAUAAUCAAACUCUCCUGUUCUUUUUUGCUUGUAAAAUCUUGGGAAUCUUGGGCUAAAGUGAUUACUAUUCUAAUGGCAAAAGAGGUUACAACCUCAGAUGAACAGGUUGUUCUUGGUGAGGAAAUUGGCCAUGUGAGAUCGAUCACCUUGAACCAGCCCCGGCGAUUGAAUGUUAUUUCAUCUAAAGUGGUUGCUUUGCUAGCAGAGUACCUAGAAAAAUGGGAAAAAGAUGAUGAUGCAGAACUCAUACUAAUCAAGGGAGCUGGACGUGCUUUUUCUGCUGGUGGGGAUUUGAAAAUGUUCUAUGAUGGAAGGACUUCGAAGGAUUCAUGUCUUGAAGUGGUUUAUAGAAUGUAUUGGCUUUGUUACCACAUCCAUACAUAUCAGAAAACACAGGUUGCUCUAGUUCAUGGAAUUUCUAUGGGUGGAGGUGCAUCCUUGAUGGUUCCGAUGAAGUUCUCUGUUGUCACGGAAAAGACUGUUUUUGCGACUCCUGAAGCAAGUAUAGGCUUCCAUACUGACUGUGGCUUUUCAUAUAUUCUUUCCCGCCUCCCUGGGCAUCUAGGGGAAUAUUUGGGCUUAACUGGGGCAAGGCUGAAUGGUAAAGAAUUAGUUGCAGCAGGACUUGCUACUCAUUUUGUCCCGUCCGAGAAAUUACCUGAGCUAGAGAAGCGUCUGAUAAGCUUGAAUAGUGGUGAAGAGAAUGCUGUCAAAUCUGUUAUCGAGGAAUUCUCUGGAAAUAGUCAGAUCGACGAAGGAAGUGUCCUAAACAAGAGGGCAACAAUGGAUGAGUGUUUUUCCAAGGAGACUCUGGAGGAUAUCAUAUCAUCACUUGAAGCUGAGGCAACCCAAGAAGGAAAUGAAUGGAUGACAGCAAUCCUUCAGGAUAUAAAGGGAUCAUCACCAACUGCGUUAAAGAUAACAUUUCAGUCGAUUCGUGAAGCAAGGAAACAAACACUGUCGGAAUGCCUAAAGAAAGAGUUUAGGCUCACAAUGAAUAUUCUUCGGACCGUAAUAUCUGGUGAUGUCUAUGAGUGGGAACCCUCUACUCUGGAGAAAGUGGAAGCCGAGAAAUUGAACCUCGUAUUCCAGCCAUUCGAAGAGGAUUGGGAGCUCAAGAUUCCUAUAAGAGAAGAUUCUAGGUGGGAAGGAAAAUAUGAAGAUUCGCCCUAUGCACCUUCAAAGUGA